AUGAUGCCACUGCACAGUUUUUUUAACCACUUAACUUAUUUUCUGGCUGCUGGUGCUGUUACUUUGGGAAUCGGUUUCUUUGCUUUGGCAUCAGCUUUGUGGUUCCUGAUUUGCAAACGAAGAGAAUUAUUUCAAAAUUCCAAAUCUAAAGCAACCGAUGAGAGAUGCAGUCCAAGACCAUCAAAGUCGAAGAUUAAAUCUGAAUCUCAGUGCGUUUUUAUUUCUCGAAAUUUUCAUACUGGAACAUUUCCAUCUCAGGAGGAAGAAAGACGAAAGGAAGCAGCACUUAUAAAAGCAAGUAAAUAUCACUCUACGGAUGAAUUCAGCCUUGCAACAAAAAAGGUCAUUUGUGACCCCUCAGAGACUAGCUCGUCAACAAAUUGCAGCACUGUUACCAUAAGCUUAUCAACGUUGCCAUCUGAUUCUUGUUACAGCCAAAGUAUACAAGCGGCUGAGGACUGGUUUUCUGAUGGUUCUUUGGUGAAAAAGAACUCCCCAGUGCCUUUUCUCAGGCAACCGCUAAUGGAAAAAGUCUUUUCAUACCUGUCAACCAUUUCAUUAGAAGAAUGUGCUGCAAAUGUACAGAAUAUGACACUUCGUGAUGAAUCCAAAAAAUGACAGCUUUAAGGAAACAUGUUCAUGAGAAAACACGGAGGUUGAAAUACAAAACCUUCAAC